AUGUUUGAAAAUUUUAGAAAUAUCAUUGGUGUGUUAAAUAUUUAUCGUUCAAAUGAAUUUGAUUUACUCAAUGAAGAAGAAUACCAGUAUUUGAUUAAAAGAGUAGAAAAAGAUAUCAAAGUUAUAGAUUUACGAGGAUGUAGUUUUGAAAAUUUUUCUGAUAUUAGAAAAUGUAUAAUAACUAUACCAAUCGAAAUGUUAACUUUAAAUUUAUAUUCAUUAUAUUAUAAAAAUUCUAGUUGGGUAGAUAAGAUAUUAUUUUAUUUUUACAAUGAUAAGAAAUAUUUUUUAACAAAUACAUUAGUAAGAAGAGGUAUUAUUGCGAUGUACAUGGAUUUUCUAGAAGCUGAUAAAAUUGAAAUAUUAAAGAUAUUUAAAUUAUUAUUACAUAAUAGAGAAGGUAUUAUUAUCAUUAAUUGCAAAUAUGGAAAAGAUAGAACUGGUUUGAUAUGUAUGCUUAUAAUGUUAUUAUGUGGGAUUGAUGAUGAAACGAUUAUUUCAGAAUAUUCCGAAUCUUUUACUAAUUUAGAUAAAGAUGGAAAUAGAUUAGAAAUGAUCAAAGAUAUGAAUUUGUGUGGUUUAU